ACGAGAGCGUCGUGACGUAAUCUUUGAAAUAGGCGGUCUUUGAAUAUCACUAUUGUCAAUUGGGCGAAACCGGGAGGGGGUAUCGGACUAAAAAGGAGUCUAAUUGGUCAGUGGGAUUUGGUGGCUCGCUCAUUGUAGAGCCCCGCCUCCCGCACAGCAGCUCGCCUGGCUUUCCUGCGCCAGCGGCAGUGUGUCACCGAGGCUGGGCUGCGGCCGGAGAGAUCCGGACACUGGGGCUAUCACCGAUCGCUUAGCCCGAGAGCGGCAUCGCAGUGGGGCUGAGGAGGGGGGGCUGCCCCGGCGAAUUUAUCACUCAAAGACUGUCUCGGUCGGAUCCCACGCCUCUCUGAGUCACUGCCGCCACAGUCCUCCUGAUGUCGGAUUUCAAGCUCGGGAUCGUACGGCUCGGCCGUGUGGCCGGGAAGACUAAGUACACUCUGAUCGACGAGCAGGACAUUCCGCUUGUGGAAAACUAUGCCUUUGAGGCGCGCAUGGAGGUGGACGCCGACGGCAAUGGUGCGAAGAUCUUUGCUUAUGCUUUUGACAUCGGCAAAGGCCGCUGGGCAGGAAGGCCGCUCCACGAGCUGCUCUGGGAGAAGCACAGAGGAGGCAUUGCCCCUAGUUUUCAAGUCAUUCACAUCAACUCGGUGACUGUGGACAACCGGCUAGACAACCUUCGACUGGUGCCGGUGGGCUGGAGCCCCAAGCCAGAGGAAAUUUCCAGCAAGCAGAGAGAGCAGUCUCUCUACUGGCUGGCCAUCCAGCAGGUCCCGGCCGACCCCGUGGAGGAGCAGUACCUGGAGCUGAGCCGCACGCGCUACUACAACGCUAACGGGGAGCUGGUGGAGGAGGAGGAGUGCUCGUGCACCUACUACGAGUGUCACUACCCCCCCUGUUCGCUCAUCGAGAGGAGGCUGCGGGAGUUCAACAUCUGCGGGCGCUGCCAGGUGGCGCGCUACUGCGGCUCCCAGUGCCAGCAGAGGGACUGGCCCGCCCACAAGAAGCAGUGCCGCGAGCGCAAGCGGGUGCUGGCCCUGGAGUCGGAGCCCGAACGGUGAUCUGCCCUCGUCCUCGACUGGGAUGGGAGGAGGGCGGACGGGGGGACAGUUUCGGA